AUGCCUAACACAAGCCUGCGGCGGCCGCAAAAGGGCUUCCGCCGAGGCGGCAAGUCUGCCUACCAUGGCGCACGAACACGAACAUUCGCCGCUUCCUCGAGAGCUGAGGGCACUUCCGUAGACGAAAGAUGGGAACGCGCCAAGCUGGCGCAGACCAUUGACGAGAAUAUGGGCUUCGGGCGCUACGAGAGCGGCAAAAGAAAAGAGGGCUGGCUAGUCAACGUUCAGCCCACGGCUAUAGAAGAUGAUAAGGCACCUGCCGGACGAGCUGCCCUCGACUGCUACUUCAUUGAGCUAGAUGGCUCAACUUUCAAAGCAACCAUCGAAUACGAGCCCUACUUCCUCAUCGCUGUCAAGCGUGGUUACGAAUCCGAAGUCGAAGAAUGGGUCAAGAGAGUCCCCGGUGACGGCGUCGUAAGGUCGAUGCGGAGGGUUGAAAAGGAGGAUUUAAGCAUGGCCAACCAUUUGCUAGGCUAUCGCCGCACAUACAUCCAGCUCAACUUUGCCAACGUCAACGACUUGUUGGCCGCGAGGAAAGACAUUAUGCCCAUAGCCUUGAAGAACAUGAAGAACAUGAGUGCUAUGGACGCUUACGCCGAAGUUGCCACUACCAACGGAAACGGCAAUUUUGACUUAUUUGACAAUGUUCAAGAAGACAAACGACAUACGAAUAUCUCGCACGCUGACGCUAGCGACUACAUAGUCGACUUGCGCGAGUAUGAUGUCCCCUAUCACGUACGAGUAAUGAUAAAUCUAGAUAUUCGGGUUGGAAAGUGGUAUUUCGUCGAUGUGAAGCACGGCGUCACAAAGAUCAUUCCCAACGAGGAGAGAUCAUUGCCCGCAGACCCUGUUGUUCUUGCCUUCGAUAUCGAAACGACCAAACUUCCGCUGAAGUUCCCCGACGCUACGAUUGAUCAAGUCAUGAUGAUUUCAUACAUAGUUGACGGCCAAGGAUUUCUCAUCACAAACCGCGAAAUCAUAUCGGAAGACAUUGGUGACUUUGACUACACUCCGAAGCCAGAAUAUCCUGGACCGUUUAUGAUUUUCAACGAACCCGACGAAAAGGCGACUCUGGAACGGUUCUUUCUUCACAUCAAGGAAGCCCGGCCCACUGUUAUUGCAACCUACAACGGUGACUUCUUCGAUUGGCCAUUUGUCGAAGCCAGAGCUAGCGUCAAUGGCAUUGACAUGUACCAUGAAAUUGGCUGGAAAAAGGGCACUGACGACCAAUACAAGUGCAGUUACGGUGUCCACAUGGACUGCUUCCACUGGGUCAACCGGGACUCCUAUCUCCCCCAGGGUUCCCGUGGUUUGAAGGCAGUCACGGUUGCAAAACUUGGCUACGACCCUGAUGAGCUUGACCCCGAACUUAUGACGCCAUAUGCUAGGGAACGACCCCAGACACUUGCCGAAUACUCAGUCUCCGAUGCCGUGGCCACAUACUACCUGUACAUGAAGUACGUGCACCCAUUCAUUUUCUCCCUUUGCACCAUUUUGCCUCUUGGUGGCGAUGAUACCCUGCGAAAAGGAACCGGAACGCUUUGCGAAAUGCUUCUCAUGGUACAAGCAUACCAGAGAGAGAUUGUACUGCCGAACAAACAUAUCGCACCCAGGGAAGCGUUCUGGGAUGGCCACUUGCUUGACUCGGAGACAUAUGUUGGCGGCCACGUUGAGAGUAUAGAGGCCGGUGUCUUCCGUGCUGAUAUUCCUGUCGAUUUCACUGUUGACACGGGCGCAGUUGACGAGCUAAUCAGGGAUAUUGAUGCAGCUCUGGAAUUUGUCAUUACUGUCGAAGAGAAGAAGUCCCUUGAUGACGUUGAAAACUACGAUGAAGUCAAAGCACAAAUUCUGGGAAAGCUCAAUCUCUUCAAAGAGACACCCAAUCGACACGAACGGCCCCUCAUCUACCAUCUCGACGUCGCUUCUAUGUAUCCUAACAUCAUGACAACGAAUCGUCUGCAACCUGACUCCAUGGUCAAGGAGUCUGAUUGUGCUGCAUGCGAUUUUAAUCGGCCCGGUAAGACUUGCGACAGACGACUGCCUUGGGCAUGGCGGGGAGAAUACCUGCCUGCCAAGCGCGACGAGUACAACAUGAUCAGGCAUACGUUAGAGAAUGAGAAAUUUCCGGGGCUAUACCCUAAUUCACCAAUGCGGACAUUCCUGGAUCUUUCAGCAGAUGAGCAGGCCAACCUUGUCAGAAAACGACUGCAGAUAUUCUCUCAAAAAGUUUACCACAAGAUCCACGAUUCUACGACAACUGUACGAGAGGCUAUCGUUUGCCAGAGAGAGAACCCGUUCUACAUCAACACUGUCCGUGAUUUCCGCGAUCGACGAUACGACUACAAGGGCAAGGCAAAGGUGUGGAAAGGAAAGACUGAUACGCUGAAAGCUUCCGGCGCAUCGGCGAGUGAAAUCGAAGCUGCAAAGAAGAUGACUAUUGUGUACGACUCGCUACAGCUUGCGCACAAGGUUAUUUUGAACUCAUUUUAUGGCUAUGUCAUGAGAAAAGGUUCUCGCUGGUACUCGUUGGAAAUGGCUGGUGUGACUUGUUUGACUGGAGCCACAAUUAUUCAACUCGCCAGAAAACUCGUUGAGCGCCUCGGGCGACCUCUGGAACUGGAUACCGAUGGUAUCUGGUGCAUGCUUCCCGCUACCUUUCCUGAAAACUUUGCCUUCAAGCUCAAGAAUGGCAAGAAGCUUAACAUUUCAUACCCUUGUGUAAUGUUGAAUCAUUUGGUACACGACAAGUUCACCAAUCACCAAUAUCAAACCCUUACCGAUGAGAAGACUUUCAAGUACAAGACUCACAGCGACAACUCCAUUUUUUUCGAAGUCGAUGGUCCCUACAGGGCCAUGGUUCUGCCCACUUCGAAAGAGGAGGAUAAGAACUUGAAGAAGCGUUAUGCUGUCUUCAACGACGACGGUAGCCUUGCUGAAUUGAAAGGUUUCGAGGUCAAGAGACGCGGUGAGCUGAAGCUCAUCAAGAUUUUUCAGCAACAAAUCUUCAAGUUCUUUCUCGAAGGUGAAGAUCUGACACAGUGCUACACAGCAGUGGCUAAGGUGGCCAACAGAUGGCUGGAUGUUUUGCACAGCAAAGGGUCGACUUUGGCUGACGAAGAGCUGAUGGAACUGAUUUCCGAGAAUCGAAACAUGUCAAAAACCCUGGAGGAAUAUGGAAGUCAAAAAUCAACAAGUAUCACCACUGCAAAGCGUCUGGCCGAUUUCCUGGGACCGCAGAUGGUCAAGGACAGGGGAUUGAACUGCAAAUUCAUUAUCUGCUCCCGGCCCAGGAAUGCUCCCGUCACUGAAAGAGCUAUUCCGGUCGCUAUUUUUUCCGCGGAAGAAUCUGUCAAGCGGACGUAUCUGAAGAAAUGGCUAAAGGAGGAACCCGCUGAUACAGAUCCUCGUGCCCUCUUGGACUGGGAUUACUACCUUGAGCGACUGGGGUCUGUUAUCCAGAAGCUCAUCACCAUUCCGGCCGCGCUGCAAGAGAUUCGCAAUCCUGUUCCGCGUGUGGCUCACCCCGACUGGCUUCAACGAAGAAUCAACGUCAAGAAUGACAAGUUGAAGCAAAGGAAGCUCAUGGAUUUAGUCCAUAAAGAGCCAGUUGGCGACAUCACCAACCUCAACGGCUCUCGCAUGGAUGACAUGGAAGACUACGGUGCCGUAUUGCUAAAGCCAGAACCAGUCAAUGCGGCGAUAGCUGCCUCGCAGCCAGCUCCCACUUCACAGAAGCGCAAGUCACUGGAACCCGUUGAGAGUACUGAUCCGAUGGCAGCCCUCCCAAAGACUAUGCCUGGCCCAUCAGAGGACUACAUCGGUUUUCUGGACUACCAGAAGAAGAAAUGGAAGUUUCAGAGGCAAGCACGCGUCCGUCGUCGCCAGCUGUUCGGCGAGAGAAGAGGGAAUGCCGGAAGCAAUCUUCAGCAGACUUUUAUGAAGCAAGCGCACAUGACUUUCAUGAACACAUGGCAGCUGCUUCAGCUUCGCGCGACAGACAUUCCUGGUAUCGUGACAGCUUUCGUCCUGAUCGAUGCCAAGAUUCAUACCCUCAAGGUCCGCGUUCCCCGACAAGUUUUCCUGAGCCUGCGCAGCAAGGACCUUCCCGACCUCGAGAUCGACGGAUGUGAGGUUCAGAAAUGCAACCACACCUUGCCCAACGGCCACCCGUCUACUCAUUUGCUCAAACUUACGGUUCUUGAAGACAUAUACUACAAUGAGGCAGCUAAAUUCUCUCUCUUGUUUAACCACCCCAGUGUUGACGGUGUCUACGAGAAGCAAAUUCCUCUCAACAUUCGCGCUGUACUUCGUCUAGGCAACAUGUGCACGAUUGAUGAGGAGCAAAUUGCAGUUCUAGGAAAAGGUCUGGAGCAUGGCUUUGAUCUUGUGGGCCUCAAACGACCUGCCAAAGCGAAAACAUAUCUUGACUCAUCACCGUUGGCCUACAUCUAUGUCUCUCACAUCGCUGCCGGCGAUCGCCAGAUCUUUGGCAUUUUCUCGAGUACCUCGGACAAGGCCAAUGUUGUCAUCCUGCAGAAGAAUCGCGACUCUGGACAAGACCUGCCCAACAUCACGCGCAUAUACUCCGAAAUGCUCAUGAGGCGAGCAGAAGAGGCUGCGACCACCAACUGGCAGGACUGCUUUGCAUACCAGGAAAAGGUCACUUUCAAGGUUACGCAGGUGACGACGAGACGCAAGGCUCAUCUUGAAAUUGGGGACGUCAUUAAGCAGAUGCGCAGGGAUGAGCAUCGUCCGCAGAUGCUAGUCAUUCAGUCUUCGCAGCGCAACUUGCUGGUACAUGACGUUCCUGUAAUGGGGGAGUUUCCCAUUCUGCCUCUCAAGUACGAUGUGUUGGACAGCUCGUUGCCUCCACUGGGCUGGCAAGCUGUCGUCGCCAGACGUCUGGUGGGACACUACCUUUGUCUUGGCUCUUGGAUCCUGCAUUUCACGGCUCUCGCUCGCUAUGGCGAUGUCCCGCUUUGCAACUUGGAACGCGAUGAUCCUCGCUACUUGAUUGACAUUGCCUACGCCAGGCGUCUACAAGCGAACAAGAUCGUGCUGUGGUGGUCGCCUGGUCCUCGUCCCGACCAUGCAGGUCUUGAAAAUGAUGAUUUGACUGGACCUCUUGAGGUAGUCAAAACGCCAAACGUCAACAAUCCCGGCACUUACUCGUCCGUGUGUAUCGAUUUGGAUGUUCGCAACCUCACAAUCAAUACCAUUUUGACUUCAUCGUUGGUCAAUGACCUCGAGGGUACUGAUUCAGUGUCGUUCAAUCCUUCUGCGGGUGGUUCGGACAGCUUCGCAUCUGACAAUGCGUUUUCCAAUGCAGGUGUCCUGGUUUUGCGUGAAAUGGUCAAGGCCUGGUGGACUGAAGCCUGCCAAGGUAGUGCCAUGGCAGACAUACUGGUCCAACAUUUGGUCCGCUGGGUCGAGAAUCCGGACUCCUUCAUGUACGACCGCGCUCUACACUACUACGUGCAGAUGAUGUCCAAAAAGGCAUUCCAGCAACUCAUGGAAGAUUUUCGUCGCGUCGGCUCCCAGGUCGUGUUUGCUAGUGCAAACCGGCUCAUUCUGCAGACAACCAGAGCCGAAGUUGGGAAUGCAUUCGCGUACAGUCAAUACAUUAUCAAGUCCAUCAAGAGCAAGCCACUGUUUCACUUUAUCGACUUGGAGAUUAAGGAAUACUGGGACUACCUGGUAUGGUACGACGAGUUCAACUUUGGAGGCAAGGCAUGCCAAGAGGUUGUCGAGGCUGAUGAGCAACCCUUGCAGACAAUCAUGCACUGGCAAAUGGCCGCAUUUCUGCCAAAGCGCUUGGAGCCCAGCUUCCAGCAAUGGGUUGUUGAAUUUAUUCAACUUAUGCAUGGUCUAAAGCGCCAGGUGACGAAUGAUCCAGACUCGACACCUCGACUAACACAACUGCCAUACCGCAACAUUGAAAAGGAAGAGGGUCAGAUCAUCCUUGGUAAAAGCUUUGAAAGGCCAUUGAAGAAGGCCAUAUCGGGACUAAUCGCCCAGCAGAAGCGAGAGCUGCUGCACCCAGAGCUUGCGGGAGAUUUCUCGUUCCCCGACUUACCAGGCACUCACUUACACCCGCGUAACGCCAUCCUCGAACUCGUCAAAUGCCUCAUGCAAAUUCUUUCGCUCGACAAGAACAUUACUCUCGAGGCGCGCCUGUUGCGCAAAGAACUUCUUGCCUUUUUUGACGUGCGCGAGUUCUCCAAGGAGGGUACCUUUACCAAUCCAUCCGAGAGUCUGAAGCUGCCGCAGCUCUCGUGUGACAGCUGCACCAUGGCGCGGGACCUCGACUUUUGCCGCGACGAGGAACUGCUCAGUGCCGGCGCCGGAUGGCACUGUCCCUUUUGCGGCGCCGAGUACGAUCGCGUGGCCAUUGAGGAGCGACUUCUGGCCAUGGUCGAGAGCUGGACGGUCGAGUGGACCCUGCAGGACCUCAAGUGCGCGCGCUGCGGCGCGCUGCGCAUGAAUGAGUAUAUGGAGCACUGCACCUGCAGCGGGAAAUGGAGGGAGACGGUGUCGAGGGAGGAGAUUGGCCGCAAGCUGGAUGUCAUGCGCCGCGUGGCCAGAUUUUACGGCCUGCGGAUGCUGUCGGACGUUGCUGGGCGUUUCGGCGAGGCCAUGUAG